AUGCCGUCAGGGAAAUCUGUCUUCGAUCAGGAGUUUGACGAAGUGGUGAAAGCAGAACUUCAAAAAUGGAAAGUUCCAGGACUGAGCAUCGCACUCGUUCAAAGCUCCCAAAUCAAUGCCAAGGCAUAUGGGUUUGCAGCACUGGCGAAAGAUACCGAGAGCCAAGAGUCACGCCAAAUGACAACGGACGCCUUAUUUGCAGCUUGUAGCACUACCAAAGCUUUCACGGCUGCCGCCACCUCAAUAGCCAUUCAAGACAGCCACGCUACCAAACAUCCCAUUCACUGGGACUCUCCAUUGGCAUCUUUGAUCCCGGAAGAAUUCGUUCUCACUGAUGACUAUGCAACUCAAAAUGUGACAUUGGAAGAUGCUCUUUCUCAUCGCACGGGAAUUCCGGAGCAUAAUUGGACACUGGCCUUUUUGCCCAGAAAGGGCGCGACAUUGAGCUCAGCGGUUCGUAUGAUGCGAUAUAUGCCUCUCGCAACACCAUUGCGCAGCAAAUAUCAUUACAGUAAUCACAUGUAUAUCGCCGUGUCACAUGCACUGGAGCGAUACACUGGGACCCCGCUGGGUGAUUUCAUGAGGAAUCGCAUUUGGGCGCCUCUCGGAAUGAAUGAUACAUACUUUGGGGCCGCUGAAGCAAAGAAAGACCAAGCAAGUGCAGCAAGACUUGUUCAAGGAUAUGAUUGGGUUCCCACAGAACACGGUGGCGACUUCAUCCCCCGACCAAAGAACGAUUGGCCAGCCAACAGUGGUGCUGGAGCCGUGUACAGUAAUGUACUUGACUAUGCGCACUGGGCGAAAGAGCUCAUUGAUAUGGAAGGUCCUUUAAAGGGGCAUGAAUCCUUGAUCGAUCCACGAACCAUUCAUUUCGAAAACGGAGACGUGAACUUGCCUGGCCCGUUUCAUGCGUACGCGCUAGGAUGGUUCGUGGACAACUAUCGAGGCCAUCAUCUUUAUAGCCAUUCUGGCGGAUGGCCUGGAUAUGGUAGCUGCGUUGGUUUUGUUCCCAGCAAGAAGUUCGGUUUCGUGAUCAUGGGGAAUUCCUCAUCGGCACGAUAUGCUGCAUUCAGGCUCUUCAUGUAUCUUCUGGAUAGACACCUUCAGCUCCCAACUGACCCGGUUUACGAAGAACAAAUCGAAAAUGUCAUAUCUAGACAGGAGAAAGAGUGGGAAGCAAGAUUCACCAACGAGAAACCCGAAAUAUCAAAGGCACGACUUUUCCCUAGGUUGCCGGAUCCACCAAUUCCCCAUACCUUACCUUUGUCUAAGUACGCUGGGUCUUAUCAUCAUCCAGGAGAAUUUGAUAUCGUACUCAAGAUUGAGUCAGGUUGCCUGUCAGCGGAUUUACAAGAUCGGGUCAUACCCUGCGAGCUGUCUCUAGCCCACGCAAGCGGGGAGUUCUUCGUUGGCACCAUUCAGCGCACAGGGUUGAACUUGUUACCGCCAUUCUUGGUCGAGUUUCGUUUGGAUGAGGCUGGUUUGGUGGCAAAAGUCGGUUUAUUACUGGAGCCUGAUGUCAAAGGAGAGAAAGUCUGGUUCGAUCAUGUUGAGUUAUGA